GAUGGUGCGGCAAGCAAGUCCCAGAGAUGAAAGCGAUAAAAGACGUAAAGAAAAUAUGUAUCAUCAGUCUGAAGACGCCAGCAAUAGACAUUAUUUUCAUUAGCAGAGAUCCAUUGAGCAUACAACAUGAUAUUCUUCACAAUUGGUACUAUAUAUAAUAUAAUGAUGUUCCUUUUGGUGACUCCUCCAUUGAAAGCACCGAAUGAGGGAGCACGAAAAAACGUCCUACAUGAUGACUACGUGGAAGUGCCAACAGGUUGGAGUGCCGUGUUCCAUGACGAUUCCCCGAAACAUCCGGUUCGUGAAUCGCCAGCAGAGACCGCCGUCAGUCAGGAAACUCUUCCCCAGAUUCUAGACACCUCGGGCUGCCGCCUCGUAUCGGAUAGGGUCAUCUGUAGCUGCAUAAGCCGGGCAAACCCAGCUCCUUCUCUGCAGUGGGUGAUGAUGCAAGCCGUGCAUAGUGGUCAGAAAGGAUCCACGGAGAUGCUGGACAAACACACUGUGAAGCUGGAUUUAAUACUGAAGAAUCCCAAGGACAGAGUGGAAAUGUUUUGCGUCAGCUCUAACAAGUUGGGUCGCAAGUACCGUUUUUUCAGGCCGCCCGAGAGCGUCUCUGAAGAUCAUGUAGGCCAAUGUAGAUUCACGGCAGAUUUUGUCGAGGAGAUUCUCUGCUCAUGCCCGGGGUUUCUUAUCCAGAUGGUCUUGUGGAUUUUGUUGCUUAUAAUGGACGGUAUAAAGGCUUUAGUAAAAAAGAUGUGGCGCGACUUCAGUACGGGGCUACGACAGGCUCUCCUGGAAGCUGAAGCUGAAAUUGCAGCCGAAGAAAGAAAGGACCGCACCGUCGUUCGUGCCAGCGCUAACAAUGGCACAGCUGCCGGCCAGGACAUCGUCCGUUACGGCCACCGCUUUGGCGGCAGCCCAGUCGUCGGGCUCAGGGCCGGUGGCAAUGCCGACAUCCGAGCCGGUCUUCGGGCGGCUCUCCUGGAAGCUGAAGAUGAAAUUGCAGCCGAAAAAAUCAAGGACCCCAUCGUCGCUCGUGUCCUCGUUCAUCUCGCCGCUAACUAUGGCAUGGCUGCCGACCAGUUCAUCGGCCAUUACGUCCACCGCUUUGGCGGCAGCCCAGUCGUCGGGCUCAGGGCCGGUGGCAAUGCCGAUAUCCGAGCCGGCCUUCGGGCGACCCAUUUGGACAAGGGCGGUACCUGGGGCCGUGACGCGGACAUAGACUCCGGGCCCUCGUCCAGACCGCCGCUUCCGAGGGCUCCUACGCGUCUUCGCCAGUACCCUCCUAGGAUGGCCAGGAAUUAUAUCAGCUACUAGUGUGUGUGUUCCUCUGACCCACACACUAGAGCAGAGUGUAAAAAGAUGGGUGAAGGAUGGACAUUGGCUGUUUUUGCAAGAAAGUAUUUAUCACUACUGGUUUUCACAGUUUGUUCGCUCCUGCCGUCAGCAGAAAGUCCCAUGAAAUGAAUAAACCAAAUGCACCGCGUUUGUCAAAUAAAAACCUGGUUUACAUACUACAGAUGAUCUCAG